GCUUCCUCACCUGUUCUUUCGACCCAAUAUGCAAUACCUGACAUCAAGCGACCUUGUGUAAAUUAUACUCGUUGCGUUUGGGGCGAUGUUUUCCUCCAAUAUCAUUCACAAUCAUUGGAAGUCAGUGACAAUCUGAAGCAACAAGUUCAAAGGCAAAAAGAAGAAGUGAAGAAGAUGAUUCUAUCUUCAAGUAAUAAUGACUCACAAAAACUAAACUUCAUUGACUCAAUCCAACGUUUGGGUAUAUCUUAUCAUUUUGAACGAGAAAUUGAUGAAGCAUUAGAAAAAAUCCACAAUACUGUAAUUGGUAACAAUAACAUCAGCACAGAAGAAGGGGGCCUUCACCGUCUUGCCUUACUGUUUCGUUUGCUUAGGCAAAAAGGAUAUCACAUUUCAUCCGAUGUAUUUAGCAAAUUCAAGAACAACAAUGGAAACUUCAAUGAAAAACUUGCCAAAGAUGUUCAAGGAAUGUGGAGCUUGUAUGAAGCUGCACAAUUAAGGGUUCACGGGGAAGACAUACUAGAUGAAGCACUUGAUUUCACAUACACUCACCUUAAGUCCUUGACCCAUGAAUUGAGCCCAUCUCUCGCUGUGCAAAUCAGUCACUGCUUAAGGCAACCACUUCACAAGGGAGUUCCUAGGUUGGAGGCAAGGCAUUAUAUGUCUUUCUAUGAAGAAGAUCCUUCCCACAGCGAAGUUCUUCUAACCUUUGCAAAAAUAGAUUUCAAUUUGCUACAGAAGCUGCAUCAAAAAGAACUCGGCAAUAUUAUAAAGUGGUGGAAAGAAUCAGACUUUGAGACAAAAGUCCCUCACGCUAGAGAUAGGGUGGUUGGAGCUUACUUUUGGCCACUAGCCAUGUCAUAUGAGCCUAGAUAUAGCACUGGGAGAAGAAUAGUUGGCAAAUUGGUUGCAUGUAUCUGUCUUCUAGAUGAUACUUAUGACGCCUAUGGCACAGUUGAAGAACUUGAACUCUUCACACAAGCAAUUCAGAGAUGGGAUAUUAGUCCCAUUCAAUCUCUUCCUGAGUGCAUGAAAGAAGUAUUCAAUGCAGUUGUUGAACUGUGGGAUGAAAUAGAGUUGGUGACUGCAGAGGAUGGAAAAUCGAGCUUGGUGUUGCAAUAUGUUAAACAAGCUUUUUAUAACUUGGCACGAUCCUACUUGGUUGAAGCAAAAUGGGGCCAUGAGGGUUAUAUUCCAACAUAUGAUGACUACAAGGUUAAUGGAGCUGAAUCUUCUUCAUAUCCUCUUCAGAUAACAUGUUUUGUUGGCCUGGGAGAAUUUUCAACCAAAGAAGUUCUUGACUGGAUUUCCAACGAUCCACCAAUCUUGAAAGCUGUAUCACUUAUUGGCAGACUCAUCGAUGACACAGCCUCACAUAAGUUUGAGGCGCAACGAGCGCAUGUUGCUUCAGCAGUUGAAUGUUGCAUGAAGCAAUAUGGCAUUUCACAAGAAGAGGCAUAUAAACUCAUUCUCAAGGAGAUCAAUGAUUUAUGGAUGGUUUUGAAUGAAGAGUGCCUCAAGCAUGACCACAUCCCAAAGCCCGUACUUGAUUGUAUUCUUAACGUGGGGCGUAUAUCUGAUUUUGCGUACGAUAACUUUGGGGAUAAAUUCACAAAUGAUGAACUGUUGAAAGAUUACGCUUUUGCACUGCUUGUGGAUCCAAUAAGCAUCAAGCAACACAAGUAG